CGAAUUUCUUUACGAGACACGAUGCUGCCAGAACUUCUUCCCUUCUUCGCUCACAGUGCCCAAGCGCGCUAGUGUUCGACAAUGAACCCCCUUCUGCUUGUCUCGAUGGUAUGCUGGAGGGUCAGAGUCAGUCACCGGUACCCACAGCAAGGAGUUGCCAUGCGUAGCUUCUCGAGAAGCUCUGUGCUUGGCGAAGCAAGAUCAGUGAGGGAGCGUCGAGCGGCGCGCCACGUGAGGAGCAGCCGGAAAAGCAGAAGAAAAAAAAUAAAGAUCGUCCUCAAUUUUCUCUUUUUCCUCUCUUGACUACCGACCCUGUGAAAAGAGGCGCUGGGCGCUCUCUCACCGCCAAUGACAUGACAAGAUGCCCCGACAUUGUGCUCUGUGCAUGCUUGGAGCGAUGCCGACCGCUUUGACGCCCCGCUUUC